AACGGGGAGGGGGGAAUAGAGUACCAGUUCUCUCCCCAGGCUCCGGUGUGAUUUGGUUUAGUCCAGCUGCAGCAGCUGGGAGGGGGGAACACGGAGGCUGCCCAUCCAUUCGGAUUUUUCCUCCUAGAGAGAAAAAAAACAACAACAGGCACCCCACCUUAUUAUAUUAAUCUUAUACAUGUACGUAAGAUUAAACAAGGGCCAUCCUCCAGAACCCCCAAGCUGGAUUCUUCCCUUUCCUCCUCCGUUAGAUUCUUCCACUGAUCAAAGCAAGGAGAGGGGGGGGGUGAAAAGGAAAAGAAAUCCGGACCAAUCACCCACCUCCCUCUCUCCCCCCUCCUCCUCCUGUUCCCUCCUUCUCUUCCAAGCGAAUCAGCCCCCCAGCUCCUGUUUGACAUGCAAUCCUCUUUCGGUUGGGACAAGCCGGCAUGCCGCUGCAGCUUUAAACGGAAUUGGGGGAAAUUGGGGAUUUUUGCUCUCAUGACGGUGGAAGUGAGCUAUUGGAGCCGGAUUUUACUGCUCUCGGUGGGGGUUUUGGCAACAACGGCCACCGCCCAAAACUGCAGUUACAUUUUGCAAGGUCCAAACGGGACAAUACAAAGUCCGGGGUUCCCGUACGGCUAUCCAAAUUAUGCAAACUGUACCUGGACAAUCACCGCCACAGAACAGAACAGAAUACAACUUGUUUUCCAGUCCUUUGCGCUAGAGGAAGAUUUCGAUGUCUUAUCUGUUUAUGAUGGGUUGCCCCAACAAGGAAGCCUAAGAACAAGGCUCACGGGUUUCCAGCUGCCUCCUCCCAUUGUGAGUACUGGAGUGGUGCUGUCCUUGUGGCUCGUAAGUGACUAUGCUGUCAGUGCUCAAGGAUUUCAGGCUACCUAUGAAGGUAAGAUUGCGUUUGGUGAACUUCUGAUAUCCAUAUGCUGUGCCUCUAUAAAGGGAAUUUUCUGGAAAAGUAAAAGCUCUUCCAAAUAA